UCGAAUGUCUCGCUUCCUUGAAGCGCCCAGUCAACCACAUGACGGAGCUAUAUGUAGCGUCAGAGUGGAAAAGAAACAGGUACAUUCCAAGUCCCUCACUUAUUGUCUGCGCGAGUCGGUUCGGCACAAUUACUCACAUAGAUACGUGUAUUACUCUAGAGGUUUUAUUUAGUCGAAUUCCGACUAGGAGGUCGACAGAGAGACCGCGUGGUCGGUUGUGUUGCAGAAUCAGACUUCAACUGGGUUUCUGGUGUUAUUCCUUUGUAAAUACUGUUAUUUGUAUAUACUGUAAACUAUGACCCCAGUGGGCGGAAACCGAGCCCGCGGCAGCUGGGAGCAGCAGACGCAGACAGGCCAGACGCAGACAGGCCAGACACAGCACAAGCAGAGGCCUCAGGCCACUGCUGAGCAGAUCCGACUCGCGCAGAUGAUUUCGGACCACAAUGAUGCUGACUUUGAAGAGAAAGUCAAGCAGCUGAUUGACAUCACAGGCAAGGACCAGGAUGAGUCCAUGAUCGCGCUGCACGACUGCAACGGAGAUGUCAACAGAGCCAUCAAUGUGUUGCUGGAGGGUAGCCCAGAUACUGACUCUUGGGAGAUGGUGGGGAAGAAGAAAGGAGUGUCUGGUCAGAAGGAGCCUGGCCACGCCGAGACCGGAGAGGAAGGAAAGGAUAACAGGGAGAGGGGAGCAGAGAGGGACGUGGCACGUCGUAGAGGUGGGGCCCCACGCAGGGGCCGAGGGGCCAGCAGGGGACGAGAGUUCCGUGGACAGGAGAAUGGUCUGGAUGGCGGAAAGGCUGCUGGGAUAGCAGGCAGGGGCACCGAACGAGGCCACAGGGGGAGAGGCAGAGGAAGAGGGGAAGAGCGUGAGCGAGGCAGGCGAGGGAGCAGGUUUUCAGCACAGGGCAUGGGAACGUUCAACCCGGCAGACUACGCUGAGCCGACCCAGACAGAGGAGAGCUACGGCAGGGGAAGCACCUGGAACAACACGGGCAACCUGGAGCCAGAGGAAGGAGCCAGUGCCUGGAGGAGUGCAACAGAAGAGUGGGGUACUGAGGACUGGAAUGAGGACCUGUCAGAGACCAAGAUCUUCACAGCCUCCAGUGUGGCCUCCAUGCCACUCCCCCGGGAGAAUGUCACCAUCACUGCAGGACAGCGGAUUGACCUGGCUGUGCUGCUGGGGAAGACUCCCCCAUCCUCCUCAGAGGCAGAGGCCCUGGGCCCCAUGAAAGCCAGCCAGCUCCCCUCUCUCCCCCAGUCACUGGUUUUCAGCAACUCCAAGCAGGGUGUGCCGCUGUCACAACCCCCUUCCAGCAGCACCCCUUACAACCAGCACAGCGUGGUGAGCAUGCUAAGCAAGGGCUUCGGUGAAGUAGGGGACCCUAAAGGAGGCAGCACAGGGACGACCAGCGGCUCCCAGUUCUUGGAGCAGUUUAAGACUGCCCAGGCCUUGGCUCAGCUGGCUGCCCAGCACUCCCAAACAGGACAGCCUUCCCCCUCCUCCUGGGACACCAGCCCUGCAGCGCUGGGCCAGUAUGACAUGAACGCCCAGCCGGAGCCUGCGGCCCAUAGCCCCUUCACAAAGCGCCAGCCCUACCAAUCCACCUCCGUGUUGGAUGCCUUCCUCCCCCCUUCUGUCUCCUCCUCCCUGCCCCCACAGAGCACCCCCUCGUCCCACAUGGCGCCCCCCCAGGUGUCCCCUAGCUUGCCGGACGCCCAGGGCUCCAGCCCCCUGCCAUUGCAGCAGCACAAGCUCAAGCAGCAGAAGAAGAGGACCUCCAUCACGACCAAGAUCCCAGCGACGCCGGUGGAGAUGCCUGGCUCGGCAGACAUCUCUGGGCUCAACCUGCAGUUUGGAGUGCUGCAGUUUGGCUCUGAACCUGUACUCCAGGAGUAUGACAUCAUCCCCGUCACCUCCUCACCAGGCUGCCAGGUUCAGAACUGCCUCUACACAAGCCCCAGCAGUGAGGCAACUCCCUCCCUGUCCAACACCAGCCAGAUGGACAUGUAUGACCAGGGGGCUCCUCAGGCCCGACGCUACCCCACCGCCUCCUCCCCGCAGAAAGACAUUGAGAAUGGAUUCAGUUCAGUACAUACGCAAUCUGUAGAAGUCUGCCCACCUGCAGCAGGAUCUGCAGUGUCUGUGAAGUCGGCCUCUGAUUCGGCCGCACCCGUGUCAGUCUCCAUGGCUACACUGACGGACAGUGGCUCAGGGCCCGCCUCUUUGUUGACCACAUCAAAGCAAUCGUCACUCAGCGCUCUGGGGCACAAUGAAGACCUGCCCCCGAAUACCAUGUCUCAGCACAGCAAUUCCCUUUCUACACAACAGAACAGUCUUGCUCUGUCACAAGUCUGCAUAUCCAACGCCAGUCUAAUGCUCCAGAGCAUAGACAACUCCAGCUUGCACUCCUCCUCCUUCCCCUCUGUCUCAGCGGGGUCCUCUUCUUCGGUCCCUUCUUCCUUGUCGGUGACUGCAGCAGCUCAGCAGGUCUCCAUGGGGGCCCCUCAGCCCUCUUCAGUGAACACAGUUUCUCAGUCGGUCCCCUCGGGCCUGGGCCCCGUCAGCAGCCUAGUAGCUAUGGGCCUCCACACAGCAGCCAACAUGGGACCUCCAGCCAUAGCUUCUGCAGCCAUGUCCACUCCAGCCCAAGCCCAGGCGAUCGCUUCCUCCGCCUCCUCACGCAGCUCUGCAGUCUCCUCAGGGAAAGCACCUCCAAACCUUCCGCCUGGAGUGCCUCCUCUGCUGCCCAACCCGUACAUCAUGGCCCCCGGGCUACUCCAUGCUUACCCUCCUCAGGUGUAUGGUUAUGAUGACCUACAGAUGCUCCAGACAAGAAUACCACUGGAUUACUACAGCAUCCCGUUUGCCACCCCCAACACAGCACUGACUGGCAGAGAUGGCAGUUUGAGCAACAACCCGUACUCUGGUGACUUAUCAAAGUUUGGUCGAGGUGACGCGUCGUCCCCGGCUCCGGCCACCACGUUGGCUCAGCAGACGCAGCAGAACCAGAGUCAGACGCACCACACCACGCAGCAGCCCUUUCUCAACCCCGCACUGCCUCCCGGCUACAGCUACACCAGCCUGCCCUACUACACAGGCGUGCCGGGCCUGCCCAACACCUUUCAGUACGGCCCUGCCAUGUUCCCGGUUGCUCCUACCUCGUCGAAGCAGCACGGCGUGAACGUUGGAGUCAACGCCUCGGCAACAGCCUUCCAGCAGGCCAGCGCCUACGGUUCCCAUGGCUACAACACCGGAGUCUCGGUCACGUCAAGCAACACAGGGGUCCCAGACAUUUCAGGGUCUGUUUACACAAAGACACAGCAGCAGCAGUCGUUUGAGAAGCAGCAGGGUUUCCAUGCAACCACACCUGCAACUUCCUUCAGCCUGCCCUCGGCCCUGGGCAGUGGUGGUCCCAUCAACCCCCCAGCCGCGGCUGGUUACGCUCCGGCCCCCUUCAUGCACAUCCUGGCACCGCACCAGCAGCCCCUCUCUCAGAUCCUGCACCACCAUCUGCAGCAGGACGGACAGAGUGGCACUGGACAGCGCAGCCAGAAUGCUUCACUUCAACAGAAAACCCAGAUCAACAAGUCUGCAUACAACAGCUACAACUGGGGGGCCAACUAACACCUGGCCCCAUGUGUCCCAAAGUCUGACACACCGGCAGUACUCACCCCUGUCAUGGGUGUUGCUGAGCUGAGAGGCAGUCUUGUAAGGGGGGCAUGGAGUUAAAUGGUUAUAGUAACAGACCAUUAAGAGCAGAGUAUUGAGUCUGGAAUUUGUAUCAUGUCCAACCCCCCUCCCUUUCGCUCUGUUGUAUGUAACAUAGAGCUGUUUUCUAAUAUGUUUUUUUUUUGUUUUUUUACUGAUGGGAGGAACAAAGAAAAUGUUGAAGGUGGGAGACAGGCUGGUUUUAUAUUCUCACCCUCUCCCCCUUAUACUUGGGCGAAAUGUAACCUUCCCACCAUAAACCCAGACAGAAUAACUUUUUCCUUUGUUUCCCAUUGAAUUUGUACAACAUUUUAGUUUUAAGAAUGGAUUUUCUAAAUUGGCAGAGGAAUCGUGAAGUGUAUUUUUUACCAUUAUAUAUGUGUGUAUGCACAUGUGCGGAGUGUUUGUGUGUACACUCGUGGGCCUUGGUUGUGUACCGGUCCUCUCGUUAGUCCCAAACGCAGUGAGUUACACACUCAUACCAUGUAAAAUGAUUUCCCAUGUUUCCUAUGUUGUAAAAUAGCUUUACCACUGAUUAAAAAUGUAACAUUUGUAGAUUGUUGCUUAUUCUGCAAGACAGCUGGAGUACAAAAUGAUGUCGUACUAGAGGCCAGGGGCACACCCGUACCUACUUAUGUGUUGAAGUUAUUUUUCUAACCCCCAAUAUAUUAGGAAAGCUGCAGCAAUGAUUACUGAUGGACAAAAUUGUACUAUGGUUUUGUCUGGUUUUUUUUUGUACUGUGCGUUAAAAUAUAUUUAAAUGGCUUAACUUGUCUUGUACAUAUAUAAAAAAAACAAGUACUGUAGUCCUUGUUUGUUCAAUGGCUUCCCCCUCCCCUUUCUCAGAUCCUCACUUGUUAGCCUUUUUGUUUCAUGUUUUUUUUUUUUUUUUUUUGUAAAAAAUAUAUAAAUAUUAAGUAAAUAAAACAGGAAAAAUACAUUUUCAUCAUUUUGGAUGUGAAUGUCUUAUUUUAUUUUUUAGAAACUUUAUUUUUCUAUCAUGUAAAUACACCAGUCUUUUUUCUUCAAUUUAGUCAGCUAAACAUAGUGGUGCCCAGUCUUGGUCUUGGUUGGGGCAGUCAUUCUGCAAGUUUCCCUUUCUCAUUUCUAUAUAAAACAAUAUUGAUAUCAUUUGGUUGAAUACAGUACCUCAUUCAAAAGACCUGGAUUGAAGGAAACCCUCAAGGACCGUCUAAAUUUACCAGGAUUGGACAUCACUGCUCUGUAGUCAUCCAAGGAAGUGGAGUGGGCAGGGCUUUGUUCUUACAGUUGGUUUGGAGGACCAGCAGUAUCAAAUAAAACUAAACUAUGUGAUUGUUGCUCUGUAGAACUCUG